ACAACAGGUGUAUGGGAAGUGAUAACUACGACGUCGUACCUGGCACAGGUGACAGUGCUAGGAAGCUAAUUUCUCAACUUAUAGAGGAGUUUAAAGAGGAGUUUAAAGAGAAGUCCGUUCUCGGAAAAAAAUGAAUAACCCCAUCCCAUCCAACCUGAAGUCGGAGGCUAAGAAAGCUGCCAAGAUCCUUCGAGAGUUCACUGACAUCACCAAGGGCAGUGGGCCAGACAUCCUCAUCCCAGCUCAUGUGAUAGCCAAGGCCAAGGGUCUGGCCAUCCUCUCGGUGGUCAAGGCUGGCUUCAUGAUCACGGCUCGAGCUGGCAGCGGCAUCGUCAUCGCUCGGCUUGCAGACGGACGUUGGUCCGCUCCCUCUGCCAUUGGUAUCGCAGGUCUGGGCGGAGGCUUCGAGAUAGGAGUGGAGGUAUCAGACCUGGUGAUCAUCCUGAACCAGAGGAGAGCGGUGGAGGCCUUCACUAUGGGGGGCAACCUGACCCUGGGGGGCAACUGUACUGUGGCAGUGGGGCCGAUGGGCAGGAACGUGGAGGCAGACAUAGCUCUGCGUAGUACCGCAGCAGUGUUCACCUACUGUAAGUCCAGAGGCCUGUUUGCUGGAAUAUCCCUGGAGGGGUCCUGUCUCGUAGAGCGCAAGGAGACCAACCGCAAGUUCUACUCCCGGGAGAUCCGAGCGUCGGCCAUAUUAAACGGAGAUGUGGACCCCCCUCCAGAAGCUGACAACCUGUACACCAUCCUGCAGGACUACACCGAGAAGUACUGCAAUGACUGGACCGGCAAGAUCGCCAAGGCCCCCACCAGACCCAAAGCUCCAGAUGCACAUAGAUCCACCAUCACACAGAGGAUGCAAGAACCCAAACCAUCCCUUUACCCAAGCAUCUCUGGUUUCAAAAACGACAGCAUCAACCAAGUGGCCUACAACACUGCAUCUAAAGCUGUCCUCAACCAGUAUGCACCUGGGGCCGUUGCAGGCAGCUCAGGAGACCAUCUUGUUGUCACGGCGAUACAUCCCUUCAUGGGACAGCAGCCUGGCGACUUAAGCUUCUGCCCUGGCGACCAGAUCACCGUGGUUACCAAGACGGAUUCCCAGUAUGACUGGUGGGAGGGUCGUCUGGGGGGCCGGGUUGGAAUCUUCCCUGCCAACUUUGUAGCCUAUCCCUGAACUGAUAUACGUGUACACAUACACAAAUGUAGGGCUGCAACACACACACUUUCUCACACACACACGGCUGUAACACACACAGAGGGCUGUAGCACACACACAUAUGACUGUCACAAUACACACACCGUCACAUCCCAGACACACACAGACUGUCUUUACAGCUGAACUCACGUUAUUCUUUCACUCACGUUAUUCUUUUAGUGUUCACAUUUACUGCCUUAAAUGUUCACUUUGACCAGAGAAAAACACACAAACAAAGGACAUCUUUGAAGCCGUGUUGUUCCCACUGAAGAGGGCCUGUCUAAGGUAUCCCACUCCCUGCUCUUUCAGAACACUUUAAAUGACCAGACCAUCUCUUGGUUUCACUUGCUGUGGGUAUAUUGAAGGUUGGGUUUUGGGGGGAUUUUAAACCAAUCAGCUGUUGGCUGUUGGAGUAUGUUGAACCUCCUCAGGUUCACUUCACUGGUGGGUGUGGUCAUCCAUGCGAAAAUAUAUCAAGUUUAAGCUACAGAUAUUUAUGCAGCUUGUCAGAAUCAGUGAAACUGUAAAGAAAAUGGAGUUUCAGACAGGAUCCAGCAGGUUAGCAGCAGCUGUCAUGGCUGAGGUUUGGCUUGUGGUGUAGCAGGGAAACGUUGUAUUAGACACUUCCUGGUUCCAGGGUCUCCUGGAGGAGAGCGGUCUUCUCUCCACAUGUUACAUGUGUAUGACUGUUUUAACAUUGUUUUUCUCGAGAUCAGGGGGAAUGGGGAUAGUAUAUUUAUGAAUAUAUUUUAAAUAAUGAUGCUUUGAUUUUAUUCAUAGGUGUGUAUGGACAAUAAAGAUGAUGUUAACACCA